AUGAGGAGUGGGCGCUUAACCUCGGGGCCACCACGGGGCGACUUGAGUGAGACAAUAAUAUUUUGGAAGUGGCUUCUGUUCAGAAUGGACUCAAAAUUUAUGACCACUGAUAAAAUGGACGAAUAUCAAAAACACGUGGAAAUGAUGAAUGGCAACGACCUGAACGUGCUGAACUUGAAUUAUGAGAACCACAUGAAUUUGGAACAGCCGGAUAACAGUUCAGAAGCCAUUGCUGACUUUUACGAAGACUCCAUAAUCCUGGUGACAGGAGGUACAGGGUUCGUCGGCAAGGCACUCCUGGAGAAACUCCUGAGGAGUUGUGCUGGCAUCAAGACGGUCUAUGUUCUCAUGAGACCAAAAAGGGGUUUGACAGUAGACCAGAGGUAUAAGGAAUUGCUUAAAAACCAGGUCUUCGACCGCAUCAGAGCAAGAUGGCCAGAACGGUUGGGCAAGCUCUACCCGAUAACUGGUGAUGUCUCUGCACCAAACCUUGGAGUCAGUCCAGAACAACGUGAACUGCUGGGCAAAGUGACUGCGGUGUUCCAUUCUGCUGCUACUGUCAGGUUUACUGAGCCUCUCCAUGCAGCCACUACCCUGAACGUCCAAGGAACUGCUUCUCUUCUCAAGUUGGCUGAAGAUAUGCCCAAGUUGAAGGCCCUGGUCCACGUGUCAACAGCCUACAGUAACGCCCCCAGGUCUCACAUCGAAGAACGAGUCUACCCACCACCUUAUGACCCAGACAGCAUUGUGAGAUGCACUAAGAUGCUACCUCCCGAGACCGUGGAAGUCAUUUCAGAUAGCCUCCAGGGCGAGCACCCGAACCCCUACACGUUGACGAAGGCCUUGGCAGAGUCUAUAGUCUACAGUCACACCAACCUGCCUGUCUGCAUCGUAAGACCUUCAAUUGGAAUUAGGUAUGCUGCACCAGUACUGCUCACCAUCAUGAGUUCCGAUUGCGCUGCCAGCUUUCGGGGAUAA